CCGCGGAGGAGCCGCGGUGCGUAAUUCCUCCGUGCGUAACGGCCGCGCCAUGCGCCCCGUGCGGCCCCUGCACCCCUGACCCCGGACCCGGGACCCCCCACACCUGACCUCGAGCCCCGGCCCCUCGGGGCCGCGCAUGCCCCCCCCGGGACAGCAUGAAGACGCCGCGCCGGCGCCGCGCGCUGCUGUCGGUGUUCCUGAACCUGCUGGCGCUGCUUUUCUCCUGCACCGCCCUCUGCACCACCUACUGGUGCGUGGGAACGCAGCGCGUUCCCAAGCCGCGCUGCGGGCCCGCGCGCCGCCGCGACUGCAUCGACUACGGCGGGAACGGGAGCGGGAACGAGACGGACAGCGCGGUGCAUUACAGCUGGGAGACCGGGGACGACCGCUUCCUGUUCCGCCGCUUCCACACCGGAGUCUGGGCCUCCUGCGAGGAGGACGUGCUGGACGGAGGUGAGAAGUGCAGGAGUUUCAUUGAUUUGGCUCCGGCGUCAGAGAGAGGGGUGUUGUGGUUGUCUGUGGUCUCUGAGCUGCUCUACAUCCUGCUGCUGCUCGUCGGUUUCACCCUCAUGUGUCUGGAACUGUUCCACUCCAGCAACGUCAUCGACGCGCUGAAGCUCAACGCCUUCGCUGCCGUUUUCACCGUGCUGUCAGGUCUUCUCGGCAUGGUGGCACACAUGAUGUACACCCAGGUUUUCCAGAUCACCGUCAGUUUGGGUCCUGAAGACUGGAGACCGCACAGCUGGGACUACGGCUGGUCCUUCUGCCUGGCGUGGGGCUCGUUCACCUGCUGCAUGGCCGCCUCCGUCACCACCCUCAACUCCUACACCAAGACGGUGAUCGAGUUCCGGCACAAGCGGAAGCUUUUCGAGCAGGAGCUCCGGGACGAGCGGAGCUUCCGCUUCCUGGACCGGGACGCUCUUUCCUUCCACUACUUCCGGGACUCCAACCUGCGGUCGGUGUCCGGAUCCGUGGAGGUUUACCCGGGUCCCGGACUGGCCCGGGGUCCAGGGGCUAGUCCGGGACCAGGACACAUGAGGGCCUCCGUGGACCUGGGGGAGGACAACGACUCUCUGGGAGAGGAGCAGUGCUGA